GGAGCAGUGAGAGCUGCUGUGAUUUCAGCUUCUUCAGUAACUCUUGUUUACAAGUGAGAAGAAAUAAGAGAGUCCAGCCUAAGGGCACUGUGCAUGGAACUGCUCCUGCUAUGCUCUGACUAGAUGAAGGUGGGCUUCCUGAAAUGCCUUCGCCGAAUGGAAUAAACAGCUCUUAUCCUGCACUUAACAGCUCCUGCAGUAAUGCUGACAGAAAUAGUUGACAAGUCUUCCCAUGUGGAUGCUUUUUCUCAGUCUCAGCUGACUGUUCAAGAGAGGGAUCAUCUGGGCUCUAACAGAGUCUUCCAUCAGAGAGUCAGUCGUGGUGUCCUUUCCCUCCCACAUCUGGAAGGUCAAGUGAAGCAUGGUCUGGCUGCAGACGCUGCAAACCCUGCCCCCUUUGAGAGCAGCCUGCCUCAAACAGCAAAUAAGAGCUUGCAGAGUGUCCUCCCCUCUCUUCAGGAAAAUGGAACUCAAGGCAAUUUUCCCCAGUUUAACCUUCCAGACAGUCUUCCUGAGAGUGACCCCAGAGUCCAUACAAAACCAUCUGAACUGGAGAGCACCAGCAUUGGGGUCAAGCUGCCUAUGACAGCUUCAGAAGCCUUGAAAAAUUUUAGAAACCAGUUAACGGUCUAUGAGCAAAAAGAAAUUUUCAAUUAUACAGAGCUCUGGUUUCUUGGCCUGGAAGCUAAAAAGAUUGAAGGUUUGCCUGAAACCCAGAAUAAUAAUUGUUAUGAUGAUGAGCAUGGUUCCUACUUAAAGGUUUUACACGACCACAUUGCCUACCGCUACGAAGUCUUGGAGGUCAUUGGGAAAGGGUCGUUUGGGCAGGUGGCCAAAUGCCUGGAUCACAAAACCAAUGAGUUAGUGGCAUUGAAAAUAAUAAGGAAUAAGAAAAGAUUUCACAGCCAGGCUUUGGUAGAAGUGAAGAUCCUUGAUGCUCUGCUGAAGAAAGACAAAGAUGAUACUCACAAUAUUAUCCACAUGAAGGAAUACUUCUACUUUCGCAAUCACUUCUGUAUCGCCUUUGAACUGCUGGGAAUCAAUUUGUAUGAGCUGAUCAAAAAGAACAAUUUCCAAGGCUUCAGCCUGUCUUUGAUUCGCCACUUCACUCGGUGUGUGCUGAGGUGCUUACAAGUGCUCUACCAGGAAAGAAUCAUUCACUGUGAUCUGAAGCCUGAGAACAUACUAUUAUACCACAAUGGCCAAGGUUCAGUCAAAGUUAUUGAUUUUGGAUCAAGCUGCUAUGAAGACCAAAGAGUGUACACCUAUGUUCAGAGCCGCUUUUAUCGCUCCCCUGAGGUGAUCCUCGGUCAUCCUUACGCUAUGGCUGUUGAUAUGUGGAGCUUAGGCUGUAUCAUAGCGGAGCUUUACACAGGCUACCCGCUAUUCCCAGGGGAAAAUGAGUCUGACCAGCUUGCCUGCAUCAUGGAGGUAUUGGGUCUUCCACCAGCUGAUUUUAUCCAGGCUGCGUCAAGGAGGAGAACAUUCUUUGAUUCCAAGGGUUUUCCUAAAUCCAUAACUAACAGCAAGGGGAAAAAGAGAUGCCCAGACUCCAAGGAUCUAAGCACAGUGCUGAACACCCAUGAUGCUGGUUUCUUGGACUUUUUGAAAGGAUGCUUAAUGUGGGAGCCUUCCCUGCGCAUGACUCCUGAUGAAGCGAUGAAACACGCGUGGAUCCAGGAGCCAAAAAUAUUCCGGAAAAGCCCGGCUCCGAGGAAGAUGAGUGAUGGCUCAUUCUCAGCACUGGAAAGCAGAAGAGAGACGAUCCAGAAUCUCUGGAAAAAUGCAGCUGACAAAGUGAGAAGUGAACUGGCUGACAGACUGACUCCCUUCACAGGCACAGCAGAAAGUGAUGUGCAGAACACAAGGAAGCAUGCUAUUCCAGAGAAAUAUUUGGAAAGCCACAUGGAAAAGCCUAUUAAAUACGAUCAAGCAGAAGACAGUGGCGAAAGAGCUCUUCCAAAAACUUCUCUUUUUUUCCCACCAAUUAAGUAACACAGAGCACAAGCUAUGAUUGGCUCAGUUGCAUACCUAAUAUAUUUUGUAGGUAUUAUUUGUACUCAGGAAUAUAAGCUAUAUCUGUCUGUUCAUGGGCUGUGCACAUUGUAAGUAUAUUUAAAGUUCUUUUUACCCUGAAAUCAUCUAGUCAACCAAAACAGAAUUUGAGAACCAUUCCUUUUCCUCAUCUACAUCCUUGUGAUCAGAGAUUCUUCACAACCAGCAGCAAUAAAAUGGAGACUGUAGAGGUGGA